UGUUCAUUAUGACACCUGCUGAAUUGUAUUAAGGUAGAGAUGUGAUGAAAAGUUGACAAUAUUUCACUCGCCAGUCGUCAUCAUGCCAAAUGCAAGUUGUACACACUGCCAGCAGCCAGGAAGCAGCGACGCUGAACGUCCACUUUUAGGGGAGCUGGAGAAGCAGUAUUCACCCAGCCGCUGGUCGCACAGAAUGGCGGAGGACGACGUGAUCAAGGCCCACCUCAAGGCUUUAAAAGAAGGUACGGAGCGAGCGCGUGGUUUGGCACAAACUCUACUCAAUGUUCCCUAUGGAGACGGUGAUGGCGAGAGACUGGAUGCAUAUAUUCCCACCACCGACUCUCUCGACAUGCCCCUUGUCAUCUACAUUCAUGGAGGCUACUGGCAGUUUCUUAGCAAAGAGGAGUCGGGAUUCAUGGCCGUGCCGCUCGUGGAUAAAGGUGUGGUGGUGGUUGCGGUCGGCUAUGACGUCGCCCCCAAAGGUAAUAUGGAUCUGAUGGUCUCUCAAGUGCGCAAGAGCGUUGUGUCCGUCGUCCAACAGUAUUCUCACAUCAGUGGUCUGUACCUGUGUGGCCACUCUGCCGGCGCUCACCUGGCUGCAAUGGUGCUCUCCACCGACUGGUCGCAGUAUAGCGUCACGCCUCAAAUUAAAGGGGCUUUUCUUGUCAGUGGUAUCUACGACCUCUUGCCCAUCCUGUCGACCUAUGUCAACGAGCCUUUGAAGAUGACAGAGGAGGUAGCCAUAAGAAACAGUCCCAACAAGUUGAUCCAGCUGCUCAAACUCUCCUCCUGCGGCUGCCAAAUCCUUGUGGCCGUUGCUGAAAACGACUCGCCCGAGUUUCGCAAGCAGUCAGAAGAUUAUUACAAAACGUUGAAGGAAACGGGACUGAAUGUGACCAUGGAGGAUGUUCCUAACACGGACCACUUCAAUAUCAUAGAGCAACUGGUCGAUGGGGAGUAUCACUUAGUAAAGCUCCUGUUGAAGAUGAUGGGGAAGACUUAAGUGGAAGUGAGGAGACUAAUGCACCACAUUGAUGAAUGCUACAUUUCAGGAUCACUUUGCACACAUGCAUUGUACUAACCACUGUCUAAAAGAAAAACUGCAUUACAGUUUUGUAUCAUAUGGUGAGAACUUGUAGGAUAAGUUGCAUUCACUAUUUUUUGUUUUGAUCACAAUCAGUGUGUGUUUGUGUGUAAUUAUGAGAUGUGAACAUGGGCAAAAGUGAUCUUCAACGUUGGUUUGUUUUUAAUGUGGACUGGACUUUCGCUGAUGUGCUGGAUCCACUAUGGACUGGACUUUCACAAUAUUAUGUCAGACCCACUCGACAUCCAUUGCUUUCGGUCUCCCCUAGAGGGGGGGGUUACCCACAUAUGCGGUCCUCUCCAAGGUUUCUCAUAGCCAUUCACAUCGACGUCCCACUGGGGUGAGUUUUUCCUUGCCCAUAUGUGUUGACGUGUUGUGCACGUUUAACUUACAUGUCAUGUUUUAUGCUAAUAUAUGUUGUUUGUAUAUACAGUACAGGCCAAAAGUUUGGACACACCUUCUCAUUCAAUGCGUUUUCUUUAUUUACAUUGUAGAUUGUCACUGAAGGCAUCAAAACUAUGAAUGAACACAUGUGGAGUUAUGUGCUCAACAAAAAAAGGUGAAAUAACUGAAAUGUUUUAUAUUCCAGUUUCUUCAAAAUAGCCUCCCUUUGCUCUGAUUACUGCUUCACACACUCUUGGCAUUCUCUCAGUGGGCUUCAAGAGGUAGUCACCUGAAAGGGUUUCCACUUCACAAGUGUGCCUUAUCAGGGUUGAUUAGUGGAAUUUCUUGCUUUAUCAAUGGGGUUGGGACCAUCAGUUGUGUUGUGCAGAAGUCAGGUUACUACACAGCCGACAGCCCUAUUGGAAGACUGUUAAAAUUCAUAUUAUGGCAAGAGCCAAUCAGCUAACUAAAGAAAAACGAGAGGCCAUCAUUACUUUAAGAAAUGAAUGUCAGUCAGUCUGGAAAAUUGUAAAAACUUUGAAUGUGUCCCCAAGCGGAGUCGCAAAAGUGCUGCAACGAAACUGGCACACAUUAGGACCGACCCAGGAAAGAAAGACCAAGAGUCACCUCUGCUUCUGAGGACAAGUUCAUCCGAGUCACCAGCCUCAGAUCAGAGACCAGAUGAACGCCACACAGAGUUCUAGCAGCAGACCCAUCUGUAGAAUUGUUAAGAGGAGGAAUCAAGCCCUCAUGGUCAAAUAGCUGCUAGGAAACCACUGCUAAGGAGAGGCAACAAGCAGAAGACAUUUCUUUGGGCCAAGAAACACAAGGAAUGGACAUUAGACCAGUGGAAAUCUGUGCUUUGGUCUGAUGAGUCCAAAUUUGAGAUCUUUGGUUCCAACCGCCGUGUCUUUGUGAGACGCAGAAAAGGUGAACGGAUGGAUUCCACAUGCCUGGUUCCCACUGUGAAGCACGGAGGAGGUAUGAUGGUGUGGGGGUGUUUUGCUGGUGACACUGUUGGGGAUUUAUUUACAAUUGAAGGCACACUGAACCAGCAUGGCUACCACAGCAUCCUGCAGCCACAUGCCAUCCCAUCCGCUUUGCGUUUAGUUAAUAUAAAACAUGUUUUCAGUUAUUUCACCUUUUUUUUGGUUAGGUACAUAACUCCACAUGUGUUCAUUCUUAGUUUUGAUGCCUUCAGUGACAAUCUACAAUGUAAAUAGUCAUGAAAAUAAAGAACAUGCAUUGAAUGAGUAGGUGUGUCCGAGCUUUUGGCCUGUAUUUUACAUGUAUUUACCACCUAAAUAUACAAAAUAACUUUGAGUGCACUGUUCGCAAAUUGUACUAUGAGUUAUUAAUGCAGCUUAUAUGAACUAGCAUUCAAAUAAAAACAUAAAAUAAUUGAUGCAUCAACAUGCGACAAUACAGUACAGAGUGCUUUGGGCCAUGUAUAAUAGUAUUCAGAAUAUAUACAUUUCUCAAAUUGCAGUAGUCGUCCCUCGCCACAUUGCGCUUCAAGUAUUGCGACUUCACUACAAUGCAGAUUUUUGGGGGAUAUUUUCUUUUCUUUUAGCAUAUUCUGCACAUUUUCGGGGGCCUAAUUAAGCAUUUGUAAGGUUAAGAAUAGCUCAAUAUACUAAAAAUCUCAGUACUACAGAAGUAUUAUCAAUGUUAAUUAGCCACUAGAAGGGACCAAACCACUCAGAGCGCACUGAUUAGUAUCAUAGCCACUGAUUGGCUCAGCCUGAGGCAGCAAAAUUAUAAUGAAUCAAGAGUGUGAAGGUAUUUAGAUGUUUUUUCAUGAUUAAAGGGCUCUCAAUGUUGAAAAUGUAUUUAGAAGGUUAACGGUUUUAUUUAUGCUGUAGGUAUGAAAAUAUUUGACUCAUAAUAACUUCUACUCGGAGGGAAUUAAUUUAUCCCGAUCCUGUCUGCAACCAAUUAACAGCGAUAAACGAGGGACGACUGUAGUGAAAAAUAAUUCCGUUUAAAAAUACAUGAAGUAUUGUACAAUGAAUAUACAGUAUAACAUAGAUUUUUAUUACAAAAUUGGAUAUAAGAGCAAACAUUUUCACCUGGAAAUCCGCAACACAACCAAUGUUGUAGCACAGAGGUGUCCAAACAUUAAUUUUAGUACUACAACGUCCUGCAAGCCAAUAAAAAAACAACUAACAAAUGGCCCCUAGGACACACUUUGGAGGCCCAUUUUUGUACUUGUAGUAAGAAACAUUAAUAGCACUGCUGUUCACUUAAAAUAAAACCAUAAUGGUUUGUCAUGCUGAAGUAGUGAUCCUCAAACAGGUCCGUUAUACGUGUGCUUCAUCUAGUGCUAUUCCAAAGAAUUAAAUAUUCAAACAUAGUUUUUGCUGUACAAACCAUGUGUAAUGUUAGUGUGCAAACAUAUUAAAUCCCUUCAAUCCA